AUGUCAAUAGAGGUUAGGCCAUUAUGUUCUGAAGAAUGUCUCAGGGGCAUGUACAAGCCCGAAAUCUGCUUCACAAAUUCCUGUGGAAUUAUUUUGGCACCCAGGUUCCAGGAUACAAAAUUCCUGCCGGCUCAGGUUGAAGAAUUGGGUCUGAAAUUAAAAAUUUUGUGGUUAGGAGAAAACCUCAAUAAAGCUGUGAAACUAUUAAAAACAUCCCAAAGAACCCCUUCUAAUAUUUUAGUAUUUUAUUGGGCACCCAGUGAAAUGAUUCUACCAGGAACACCAUCAAUAACUUUACCAUCUUGCGAACAGUAUUCAUCCUUCAUAAAUUCAAAUUGCAUUUACGAUCCAGCAAGAGUAGCAAAGUUUUCCUGGUCAGGCCUAUCAGCAAGAUCUCCACAUGCUGCAGCAGCUUUGCAGAAUUUCAAAUUUUCCAGAGAAGACUUGAUAAAACUUUUAAAAUCCUAUCAGCAUUUAAAAAACGCUGAACAAGCAGCCUGCGAUUGGAUGAGAACCGGAAAACAAAUCUGGUCGCAAUGGCUGGUGCACGAAGUCAACGUGGUGAAGGAAAAGAUUUAUAUUGGAGGCAUUUUUCCUUUAUCUGGCAGCUCUUAUAAGGCAAGAGGUAUUGUGGUUGGUGCAGCCAUGGCCCAAGAAGCAAUUGGUAAAAACGCGACGAUUCUUCCCGAUUACCAAUUGGAAAUUCUGGCAGCUGACGGCCAAUGCAAAGCAGAUUUGGAGCUGAAGACUUUUAUAGACUACAUUGUGGAAAAAUAUUACGAGCAUUUGGUUGGCGUUUUGGGGCCAGCUUGUUCAGAUACCCUAGAAGCUUUAGCAGGAGUCUCUAAACACUAUAACACACUUGUUGUGUCUUAUAGUGCUGAAGGAGCCACUUUUUCCGACAGGGAAAAGUAUCCAUACUUCUUUCGUACAAUUGGAGAGAACAAACAGUACGUCUACGUUUACCUAAAAUUGAUGCAACUUUUGGGUUGGCGUCGUGUUGCUUCGUUAACAGAAGAAGGACAAAAAUAUUCAGAGUAUAUUCCACAUUUAGAACAGACUUUGCAGGAAAACAAUGUGCAGCUUAUAGCAAAUGCCAAGUUUCCGAAAGAACGUGAACAUUCUGCAAUGACUAGGUAUCUAUUAGACUUGCAAAAACGUAGAGCAAAAAUUAUAAUAGCCGAUGUCUACGAUCCAGUAGCAAGGGCCAUUAUGUGCGAAUCCUUAAGACUCGGAAUGACUGCCAAAGAUGGUUAUGUCUGGUUUUUACCAACCUGGUUAACCACUGGCUGGUGGAACACAACUUUGCAUAAUGGCAAUAAGGAAAACAUAUCUUGCACAGAAGAAGAAAUGCUUGAGGCUAUAGAAGGUCAUCUGUCCCUUACCCAUGCCUUUUUUGCUCCCGAUGAUCAAAUAAUGCAAGAAGGCAGGACUGUUGGUGAGUGGCGAAGGGCCUACCAGGCCAGAUGUGCUCGAAGGAGAGUCCAGGAAAGUGUUUAUGCAGGUUAUGUCUACGAUGCUGUUUGGACAUAUGCUUUGGCCUUGCACGAGUUGACCAGAAAGAACCCGAUGGCUAUUGCGCAGAUGCACUCAUUGAACACGACAAGUCAAUUGAUGGAGAUAAUAGAGAAAACGGAUUUCAAUGGUGUUUCUGGAAGGAUUAAGUUCUAUGGUGGUCCAUCCAGAUUUUCAGUUGUUCACAUCAUGCAGUGGCAAAAGAAUCAGUCAAAGUUAAUUGGAUCCUUUCAUCCUAAUAUCACGGAAGAUACUGCACAGGUGACUGGUGGUGUUCUAAACCUAGACGAAUCGUCCCUAAUCUGGCCCUCUGGCCAGAUCCCAAGUGACGGCGGCAGCGACGAUGAAGACUUUUUGGAAAGAUCUUGUGCCUUUGCAGGGCUCGCCAGAGCCUUAGGCUGGGGUUGCAAUAAAACCAUCGUUUUGGUCAACGUGAUUAUUUUUGGAAUUGCCGGAAUUAUUAUCGGAGGAGCUUUGUUCUUCAUUAGAAAACGGUAUGAAGAAAAGUUGAAGAAGUCCCAGAAGUACAUGAAGAAUUACGGUUUGGAUCUUUUGAACAUCGGUGGUUUGGACAAAUGGGAAAUGGCAAGGGAUCGUGUAGUCAUCAACAGGAAACUCGGCGAGGGUGCUUUCGGUAUGGUCUACGGUGGUGAAGCCCAUUUCGAAGACGGCUGGGCAGCUGUUGCUGUGAAAACUCUAAAAAUCGGUUCAGACACCGAAGAAAAACUAGAUUUUCUCUCCGAAGCAGAAUCUAUGAAACGAUUCGAUCACAAGAACAUUGUCAAGCUGUUGGGUGUGUGCACUACUAAUGAGCCUGUGUACACUAUUAUGGAAUUUAUGCUCUAUGGAGACUUGAAGACAUAUCUUUUGGCAAGAAGACAUUUGGUUAACGACAAGAGCAUGGAUGCUGAUGAAAUUUCCAGCAAGAGGUUGACUCAAAUGGCGUUAGAUGUCGCGAGUGCCCUAAGUUAUUUGGCAGAAAUGAAAUACGUGCACAGGGAUGUCGCAUGCAGAAAUUGUCUGGUAAAUGCUCAACGUGUGGUAAAACUUGGCGACUUUGGUAUGACCAGAAGAAUUUGCGAGAAGGAGUACUAUAAAUUCCUCAGACGAGGUAUGUUACCAGUUCGUUGGAUGGCACCUGAGAGCCUCGGAGACGGUGUUUUCACAACAGCCUCCGACGUCUGGUCUUAUGGAGUCCUUCUUUACGAAAUCGUGACAUUCGGCAGUUUUCCUUUUCAAGAGUCUAACAACCAGGUUUUGGAGCACGUCAAAAAAGGCAACACUUUGAAAAUACCACAAGGAAUCAAACCACAAUUGUAA